AUGGGUCAGGAACAUAUGGACAAGUGGGGAUGCCCGGUAUCAAUCCUGAGUGACCAAGGCCGGACAUAUGAGAGCAAAGUCUUUCGAGAGUUGUGCAGAUUGCUGGGAGUAAAGAAAGUGCGGACAAGUGUGCGAAAUCCGAGAUGCAACGGUCAAGUCGAAAGAUUUAACCGGACACUAGUCCGCAUGAUCAGAGCCUACCUUCAGGGAGUACAAGAAGACUGGGACUUGAACCUAGGAUGUUUGGCCGGAGCAUACAGGGCGACACCGAAUGAGUCUACAAAGCUGACUCCGAAUUUGCUAACGAUGGGAAGAGAAGUGCGACUCCCGGCAGAGCUUGUGUUUGGCAGUACCACCAGUAAGUCUGAAGUACCAGUGACCAGCUAUGGUGACUAUGUUGAUGGUAUCCUGUCAAAGAUGAACCAUGCCCAUGACAUAGCCAGGAAACAUUUACAGAAGUCAGCUGCACGAAGCAAGGAGAUAUAUGACAAAAGGAUGUUGGUGAAUAACUACGAGAAGGGUGAUGUGGUUUGGUGUUUAGCUGAAUCCAGGAAAGUUGGCGAAGCUCCCAAGCUGCAGCCAGCUUUCGAAGGACCAUGUUUGGUGUUAAGGAAGUUGUCUCCCUUGACCUUUGUAAUACAGCUAAGAGAUCAAGGGGCAGAGCUAUUUUAG